UGAGCGGCAUGACAUCCUCAGCUACAAGUGGAUGAUUUCUAGCAGAUUUUCUAUCGUCUGUGUCAUAGUUGUGAAAUGAGAAGUACUGGUUUUGGCUUUCGGUAUCGGUGAAGUGUUUAAAACAUGAAGAGACCCCGGACGCUGUUUUAGUAACGUGGAGCUAAUCGCAGUUGAAAGACUGACUGCUGUUUUCUUCCUGGUGCUCGAUCAGACAGUUUUAACAUCUGACGACAACGCUGGAUACUUUAAAAGGCCUGGGUUACAGACAUGCACACACCAUCUCGACAGGACUAUGUAUCUAUAAGCUUUGCUGGGCAAGGAGGUGGAAGUUACAAUAACAGUAAGCAGUGGAGGAGGCAGUCAUGCUGGAGGAAAUGGAAACAGCUGUCCAGGCUGCAGCGGAGCCUCAUCCUCUUCAUCCUUGUCCUCCUGUUUAUUUGUGGAAUUGCUUCCUAUCCUACUGUUACUGAACACCUCAGUGGCCUUACAGAAGGAGAGCAACAUACAGACAGUAACAGCGUCCUGAGGCCCAUUGUACCACAUGUGCUGCCUGAGCCUCUCAAACAGGCCCGACCAUCACUGCCAGAACAAACCUCCCAGAAGAAAUUAUCUAAUAAGAGAGGACCGCCUGUCCUUCAGAAUCGUCUUCAGAAGAAAGGAAACACUUCAGAUACAGUGGUUGAAGACAAGGCAUCUGACACCAAAAAAGAAGGGGAGGAGAAUGGAGUCAUCAGCUGGCAUGGGGCGGUGAUUGACACUGACAAGGCCACAGAAGGCACCAAGGAUGAGCAAAACAAUGAGGAUUCAGCUGCCAACCAAAAAGGGAAGCCAUCAGAAGAGUCGGGAGCUCGCUGGCUGGAGGCGGUGCGGGAAGCUUUCAGACAUGCAUGGAAGGGUUACAAAGACUUUUCUUGGGGCCACGAUGAGCUCAGACCCCUCUCCAAGUCCUACAGCGAGUGGUUUGGCCUGGGUUUGACUCUUAUCGAUGCUCUGGAUACCAUGUGGAUCUUGGGACUUAAAGAAGAAUUUGAAGAAGCGAAGGCGUGGGUGGCCACAGAGCUGACCUUCAACAAGAAUGUAGAUGUCAACCUGUUUGAAAGUACCAUCCGCAUCCUGGGAGGCCUGCUGAGUACCUACGCUCUGACUGGAGACACCCUCUUCCUAGACAAAGCUAAAGACAUUGGCUCUAGGCUGAUGCCAGCCUUCAACACCCCAUCCAAGAUCCCAUACUCUGAUGUGAACAUAGGGAAAGGCACAGCCCACCCCCCUCGCUGGACCUCAGACAGCACUGUGGCGGAGGUUACUAGCAUCCAGCUGGAGUUCAGAGAGCUCACCCGCCUCACCAAGGAACCACAGUACCAGGCUGCGGUGGCUGAGGUUAUGAAACAGGUCCACAACCUGGAUGGCAAGUUGGAUGGUCUCGUGCCCAUGUUCAUCAACACAAACAAUGGACAGUUCACCCAUCAAGGCAUCUACACUCUGGGAGCCAGAGCAGACAGCUACUAUGAAUACCUGCUGAAGCAGUGGAUCCAGGGAGGCAAGAAAGAGAACCAGCUGUUGGAGGACUAUCUGCAGGCAAUAGAGGGUGUAAAGAAGAACCUGUUACAGAAGUCGUCACCUAAUGGCCUCACCUUUGUUGGAGAGCUCUCACAUGGACAGUUCAGCCCUAAAAUGGACCAUCUAGUGUGUUUCCUACCGGGCACUCUGGCCCUCGGUGCUCACAACGGCCUGCCUGCUGAUCACAUGGACCUGGCCAAACAGCUGAUGGAGACCUGCUACCAGAUGUAUGUCCAGAUGGAGACUGGCCUCAGUCCAGAGAUUGUCCACUUCAACAUGCAUCAGGGCAGCACCAGAGACAUUGAAGUAAAGCUUGCAGAUAGACACAACCUCCUGCGACCAGAGACGGUGGAGAGUCUCUUCUACCUGUACAGGUUCACCAAGGACCAGAAGUACCAGCGCUGGGGCUACGAGAUUCUACAAAACUUUAACAAGUACACCAAGGUUUCCUCCGGUGGCUACACCUCCAUCAAUAACGUGCGUGACCCGGACUACACAAGCCCACGAGACAAGAUGGAGAGCUUCUUCCUGGGAGAGACCCUGAAAUAUCUGUACCUGCUCUUCUCAGAUGACCCCAACCUCAUCAACCUAGACCAGUACGUCUUCAACACCGAAGCUCAUCCUCUGCCUAUAUGGCCUUCCACUGCAUGACACACACACACACACACACACGCACACACACACAGGAAUUCAACAGGCAGAUAAAACUGCCCAUGUAAACACGACAAACAUCUCAGGGUUGGUCUAAUACCAAGAUAAUUCCUUCAUCUUCUGUCUCAGUGACUGAAUGUUGUCAAAACAACAAUCCUGAACACAGACCACAGAUGGAAAAAGCCUCCUUUUUACAGUUUGGAUCAUUUGUUUGCUAAGCGCUAAUAGCCAUGGAAAAAUGACGAGCCUACUUCAGUUUUUGGCCGCGCCUUGUUUAUUUAUUUGACUGGUCGUUUUCGUUGCGUGGACUUCUGGUAGCGACAGAGUUGGUGCAGGAGGAGCACUGGCCUCUCAGCAUUAAAGAAUAAACAACCUGAUUGUGACUUGAAUCAAAGAUGUCUUAAUCUCAUGUUAUGGGGAUGAGGAGGAGUUUCAGGUUGGACUGAUAUAGGUGUUUGAAAGCUGAUAUUUUCAGUUCAAAGGCGAUCGUAGCUUAUAUUUUGGUUAUAGUUGUGCAUACUUUAACGAAAAUUACAGAAAAUCCCCCAGAAAGCAAGCAAGUCUUUUUUUUUUCACCUCUUCAUUGUAUUCUUGCUACAAUGGAAAGCAUUUAACAGCAUUUAACCCAUUAUUAAGCAAAGCCAGUAUCUGCCCUGGUGGUCUGACCUCAGUGCUGGGAUUGACAGCAGGCUGGUUGCCUUCGUAGCAAAUCAUUCCCCGACAGCAGCCACCAGCUGUUUGAACGGCAACCAAGCCCGUCCUACUGCACCUACAACCUGACCGCUCUGCUGACUACAUGGGUUUGACUCUUGCAGAGUAAAAAGAGAAAAAGUUAAUUCCUCAUCACACUGUGUGUAAUUAUCAUUAUGUGCCCUAGCUACAACUAUUCUCAGAUGCCCUCCCUCUUGUGCUUGAAAACGGGAAACACAGUAAAGCUGAAGCUUCCUGACAGGGCAUGAUUGUGCCCUCAGUCCAUGUAGUUGCUGUCCCAUGCUGCCUUCAUGUCAUACAGGAUACAUGACUUUGCUCAAUGAAAAUCCCAUUCAAGGUCAAGGACAAACAUUGCAGGGACAGUAUUCACGCUGCAACAUGAUUAUUGGAUGACACUGGCCAGCCGUGCAGUAAAAGAGAGUCUGCAGCAACAACAACAGACACAAUAUUUAUUAAAGGGUUUGGUGAUAUAACGAUCCUUACUGAUAUCAGUCUGCCAGAGAUUUUCUUGUCAUGCUUUUUAUCAGUUCUGGAAGCAACAUUCAGAUCCUUUGCAUAAGUACAGAGGCAUUAUUAGCUGUGUAUUAGCAGGGAGAAUUGUCAUGGCUCCACAUGGAGGACACGCCAGCUGAAUGGAUUUUUUUUACAGCCCAGCAACCUAAAACGUUGUCCCAAUAUCCUAUGAUUAAUCUACAGUGUCUAAGUAAAUGGCUGAAUAAGGCCAUCAGUUAUAACCUAUAAAUACCUCAAGUUACCCAAAAUACAGGGUUUAAAGAUUUUCGUACAUUUAGGCUGUUCAGGUCAAAUGUGCCCAUUAUCUGUUGAACUGGAUUUUAAUCCAGCAGUAUGGGUGGAAUCAAGGAAAAUGUUGGGUUUUAGAGUUUAAGGGGGGCACUGUCACGAGAACUGCUCCCAGUGAGGCAGGUCUUUGAAGUGUGAAACAGCAUAGGCAUGAGGUCAUAGCCUUGAUACUGUUAUGAGAUCUGCACCUGCAAUGUUACAAACCAACCAAUCAAUUCUGACCAAGAUCAAAAGAGGGGGUGGGGAGGUUAUAGGACUUUAAAGGUACCUGGGGCCUCAUUACAGAAACACUUCCUGAUCAUCCAAUCUUAACUGAAACCAGCUACAAGAAGUUUUUAACUGGUCGUGAAACUGUCUCAAUUUAAUACUGAUGCCUCUAUAUGACCUACAUAUGCAAAUGAGACCAUCAGCAAGAAGAUUAGCUAUUUCUAUGUAGUUAUUUCUAAUGCCGAUUCCCCCCGAAGUCAGAAGAAAUGAUUUAUAGUAGCAUACAUUUCAAACACUGAUAAACCUAAAAAUUGGACUUUGAGUCAUUUACAUUAUCUCUCUACCAAUGGCAAGUAUCCAGCUAUGAUUUAUUCCAGGUUGUAUGAGGUCAUUGUGGGUAAUGUUGCUAAAUAAUGAGCAGGACUGCUUUAUGGCAGUAUGAGAUUACCAUGACUUGUUAAAUGUCAAUAUUUCAAUUUAAAAUACACUGUGAUAAAGGUCCAUAUUGCACCCACUCCUUGUAUAUGAUUUCUGCUUCACUUCUGCCUUUUUUUUGUUUCAUGUUUAAAUCAAAACUCAAAUUAAAUCAAAUAAAAAAUACAGAGCGAAAUCUUCCUCUAAUCGUUGCCUGUGAGACAUUACGUCCUGCAGGCUGUCGAAUGAAAGUGAACCCUCACUCUCCAUGUUCCACUCACCAGGCAGAGUUGUUGUUCAUGGUGGCAACCAGCCAGCUGCUUUAAAUGAAAUGACUGGCCUUUUAACAUGUUGACCAUGUUGCCCAAAGUGUGAACACAUGCUCAAGGCUUGGUGACAAACUUAUCUGUGAAUAUUAGGUGUGGGGAGUGAUAUAACUCUGAUAAUCCGAGACAAAACUGAACACUGGCAUGUAUGGCUGUCCUGAGAUGACCUGAAAAGCAGUUGUCCUUCCAGCUUUUACUGUCUAUUCCCACGUGACAUGAAUGCAGCACCAGCCUGUACUCGGGACUCAGAUGACCUUGAUCUGAUUUCGGUUGUUGCCAAGCAGCAGAUGUACUUAUGAACUGUGAAGCUUUUGUUUUGUGAAAACAGCAACGGGUUUUCUGCAUUAUUGAUUUUUCUGUGUUGAGUAGUUGCUUCUUUGAUAGACUGUUCCAAUUAUUUCUUCUUGUGUCAUUCUCUUUGUAAGUUGUAGACUAGAGAGUACAUUUGUUUUUCUUCCAGGGAGAGAAAUUGUGAGAUUUAAAUAGAAAAUUAGCAUAAUAUAUUGAUUUGUAGGUAUAAUUGCAGCUGUCUUAAUACAGUGAGCUCUCCUUGUGCAUUUUCUUUAGUUUUUGCAGUAGUAGCAGCUUCAGAGCAGCUUGCAGUCAUUUUUGUAAAUAGUUGUAUUGAGACCAAACUCUUGUAUAUUCUGUGUAUUUUGUUUUCUCCCUUCGUGUUGUCUCACGUGUGCCUUUAAUGUUGCUGCAGACAACAUUCAAAAGACAACUGUUAUCUGUCUGUUAUUGUCCAUUCAAACUAUUGUGUUGCUGAUUUGCUACAGCAUAUGGUCAUUGCGAUCACUGCAGAAAGGACUAUUUUUACAGGACAAUGAAAAAAGCGGUAUAUUUCUAGCAGUCCCUCAAAGCAGUUCUUAACUUUGCAUAAUGCUAAUCUCUACCAGUGUGUGUAUUUAAAUCCUGACUACAAGGGCUCUGUGUGAUCCCUCCCUGGAUGUUUUUCAGCAGAAUUCCUGAGCCAAAGAUAUACUGAAAUCUAAUCAGCCCUGGUGUUCGAUGUUGUUUGGGGUUUUAACAUUGACAAGCCAUUUCUCCAAAGCCACGUCUUUCAGGAAGAACUACGAGAUCUGUUCAGUGCUUUUGAUAACAAUUCAUCAGUGUGGGUUUUGAAGACUGAUGCUAAUAUUUUAGACUACAGUGAUUGAUGACUGAUACACUGCUAUUUUAGCUGCAGUUGCCAAGCAGACUGCUUUUACCAGGAGGCUGCACACAGAGACAGACACAGCUGUGAAAAUACAGAUUUCAUUCUGUUGUCUUCAUAACUUUAUGUCAUAUUCAUGAGACUACCAGAAUGCACAUUAAAGUGUACUUAAGCCAUAGUGGAAAGACUCCAACCUCCUGCUGACCAUCAUGUAAAGUGCACAAGAAUACAGCUGCAAUGCAGGUUUUACAUCUCACCACACUGGAGUGUGGAAAGCUUGGUGUUCCAUUUUAGAGCAGCUGAUGUAGUUGGGGGAGGGAGGCCCCAGUGCUCAUCCACUUACAGGGCUCCCAGGAAUUGUGGGUACUGAAUUCGACAGAAUUUUUUUUUUUUUUCCAGGGCUUUAAAUGUUUGUUACUGUGUGAACAUACACUGCCAUUUUCUACAAUAGUUUUAAAUGUACAAUAAGCUUUGAUUAUAGAGUGAUACGGCCUGUUUGUCAUACAUGGUCAUGGACAAAAUGUUGAAACAGUCUGGUCUGGAAGCAUUUGGGAACUGCACAAAAAGUACAUUUGCAGAUCUAUACUAUUGCAAUUACACAUGAUCUUUUUUGUAGAGCCAAAUGUUCACAUUAUGUUAGACUUAAACAGAAGAUGGCUAUAAAAAGUUUGCAGGCUUGCGGUCAGAGAAUGUCUAUGGGGAUCUUCCAGAAAUACUCAGACCACAGUCGGGUUAUGGGGCAUUGGUUUGAUGUUUUUUUCAUUUUUAUUUCAAACUUUCUCAAAUCUACAAAAUGUAUUCAUGUCAUGGUGGCAUUGUGAAUAAUGAACGCUGGAUCGGCUUUAAUUUUGUAAAGAAAAAUGUUAAAAUUAAAGAGAUUUUAUUGAACAG